AUGGAUGGAGCGCGCAGUUUCCAAGGCAUGGCAGCACCGAGCAUCAGGCGAAUCGGCCGCCUCUUCGCGUUGCUGUGCGCGGCCCCGCUGGGCCACUGCGUUGCGUUCGGGCAGCGGGCCGGCGUGCAGCCGGAUACCGUCGACCAGCUCAACGCGGUGCAGUUUGACAGCCGGUGCCACUCGGUCACCACGGACCCGCCGCCGGCCAUCGACCCCUUCGCGCUCGUCGAGGGGCUCCUCGAGCCGCUCGGGUCGAACGUCCGCGCGCAGCUGGACCACACCGAGUCGCCCACGCUGCGCGACUCGGCGCAGCACUUCUUCGGCGCGGGGCGAGCGCGCGAGGGCAAGCGCGUGCGGCCGGCUGCCUAA